AUGUCCACUUGUUUCCAUGCUGCGGCAGCAGACCGCUCUUACUACUAUUAUUAUUACACGACCCGACACCGCCAUCAUUAUCAUUACAACAAAAAGUCUAGUACAACGUCGUUUAAUCAUCAUGUGAAGUCUUCAAAUUACAAGCCGUUAUCAUCAUCAUAUCCACCACUCACUUUGGAUGAACAAAUACAUGAAUCAUCCAUUGCCAGGAUCAAAAGUGAGCAACGUAUCUUUGGUCCCAGAUCACAAUCACCAGUCGUUUGCAUUCCUCGGCAUCAUAUGCAUGAUAACGAUAAGCUACAAAAACACCGAUCUACAAAUGAACGCCUGGCAAGAGGAAUAGGGGCUGUGCCUUUUGUUGGCAACUAUUCAUGGAGCUGCGAAUCUCGUGCAACCAGGCACGUGCACGAUCCACUCGAAACCGUCACUCGUUUUGAAUUAUGGGAUGACCUCCUCAAUAAUCGACCCACCAAGCAAGAUCAUGCCAACAAUAGCAAUAAUGAGAUGCCUCCUAUUUCAGCGUCAUCUUCAACCGACAUGUCACAAUGCUCCAUAGCAACUAGCACAGAAUUAUCAAGUAUGGGUAUUAGUAGUACUACUAUUAAGUAUGAGCCAACCAGCAGCAUGCCGAUAUGGGCAGAUCCAGAACGUAUUCAUGCCCAUCGUUCUUGUUAUGAAUACGUACAAGCUUACAUGAAGACGCACAAUAUCCCAUCCACAUCUCCCAUGCCGUUACCCAGUACCUAUACGUUUUCAUUCAGCAGCAAGAAUAGUGAUCAACCCACCACCACCACCACCACCACCACCACCACCAUUUCAAGCAUACAUAGUAGCGCCAACGCUUACAUCGCUUCGAUCAUGUCAUUGUUUAGCUGCGAUACGGUGCAUGAGAACCUGUAUUGUUUCAUCCAUGGCGUGGCACCCAUGUGGGAGGAUGUCAGGAACCGACAUGGUGGUCGUAUGACUAUUACUCUUGCAAAAGACAUUGAUGUUCUCUUUGAGUGGAUUCUCAUGUCCAUGGUAGGUGGUAACCUCCAAGAAUAUGGUGCUGUCGGUGUUGUUCUUUCAAAACGUGUCCAUGGUGAUCGAAUAGAGAUAUGGUUUGAAGGCACAGAAGAUGGUUCACUCCAACAAAGAUACGUGGAGAGAACAAAAGCUCGAUUAUGUAAUCAAUUGCCAUCAUUAGAAUUCCAUAACGCUAUCAUGGCUGCACGCUACAAGAAGCAUUUCUCAAACACGAAUAAUAGACACAUCCGCCUUGUAAAUAAUAAAUGA